AUGGCGCGGCAAGCCGUUUUGCAGGGCAACAGCGCCAAGAAGGAGCACCACGGCAACAGCGACAAGAAGGAGCACCAACGUGCAAGCUCAAGCACCACACCCGUUCUUCAGCAGCCCUUGCAAGUUCAUUCGCAUCAGGAUACUCCGAGAGCAGCUCAGCAAGGGCAAAGUCAGUUCCGAGGAGUGUCUUCACUUCGCACGUCAGAGAUCGUAGCGAAGAAAACAGAUUGUCCUCCCAGCUGCGUUGGCGAGGCAAGCCGUUUUGCACGGCAACAGCGACAAAGAUUCUCCGAGAGCAGCUCAGCAAGGGCAAAGUCAGUUCCGAGGUGUCUCUGUACACUGCUGUAG